UCGAAUCGAAUAAAGAGCCUUGCAACAAAACAAAAAUCUUUUUCAUUGCAUGAAAAAGAGAAAUAUAAUUAAAUAAUAAAAACUAUAAAGAAAAUUCAUAACUUUUGGUUACACGCAUAAUGCAAUAACUCUCAAGGCUAAAUUCGCACUAUCAAACAAGUUGUUUUAAAAACAUAAAACACUAUGGAUUUAGAGGAGGAGUCCACCUCGAACAACACAACCGUUGACGAAUUUGCGGACGCAGAAGGGGCAGAAUAUUUUCAAGAUCAAGAAGACAACAAAUACAGUAUUAUUCAGGAUAUCCAAGCAGAGCUUACAUCAUCGUCUCAGGAACAACAACAAACCCUUAAACCAAAUGGCACUGUAAACAAAUCGGAUUCGUUUUCGAGUGAGAAGAGCAAGGAACUAGAUGGAGGAGGGUCUCAGGAUAAUUUAAGUGUUGCAACAUCCUCGAAUUCGGUAGUCGAGGAGGAUAUAGACUACCUCAGUGACAGUGAAUGGUUGUCGCAGAAAAAACACAUUUUCAUACUCAGUGAAGCGGGGAAGCCGAUUUAUUCGUUGCAUGGCACCGAAGAUAAGUUGGCCACUCUGUUUGGAGUGAUUCAAGCGUUAGUGAGCUUUGUGCAGCAUGGUCAGGAUGCAAUAACUUCUAUUCAUGCAGAGGGCAUUAAAUUUGUCUUCCUCGUUCGGAAUUCUUUGAUACUGGUGGCUGCGUCAAGGACCAACAUGAGUGUCCAGCAAUUGCAGAUGCAAUUAUCCGAUGUGUAUAAUCAGAUUUUGUCCAUUCUAACUUAUUCGCAUAUGACGAAGAUAUUCGAGAAGCGAAAAAAUUUCGAUUUGCGUCGAUUGUUGGCGGGCAGUGAGAGGUUGAUCUUCCAUUUGCUGGCCAAUGAUAGUAGCAACAAAAAAAUUACUAACAACGUGUUUACUUUUCUGACAAAUUCUAUUCGAGUGAUGCCAUUAUCAACGACAACCAGAUCAAAUAUCACCAACGCCAUCCAAAGCAAUUGUUCCAAAAUUAAGAAUCUAGUAUUUGCUGUGCUAAUAGCUAACAACAAACUAAUUGCGUUGGUUCGCAUGAAGAAGUAUUCGAUUCAUCCCGCGGAUUUGAGGUUAAUUUUCAGUCUAAUCGAAUGUUCAGAAAGCCUUAAGACCGUCGAGAAUUGGAUGCCUAUAUGCUUACCCAAAUUCGACAUGAAUGGGUACCUGCAUGCGCAUGUUUCUUACCUAUCAGCCGAUUGUCAGGCGUGCUUACUCUUGCUCUCCGUAGAUCGUGAUGUUUUCUUUACACUUUCCGACGCCAAGAAAAAGAUCACUGAAAAACUACGUCGAACGCAUUGCCUUGAAGCUAUAAACGAACAGAUCAACAAUGUCCCUCAAAACGAUGGAAAACUUAGUCUAUCAGCAAUUGGAAUUCCAGAAUUAAGGCAUUUUCUGUACAAACCAAAAUCAUCCUCGCAUCAGUUGUUGUGCUCGGAAAUAAAUCCCCCCUAUACAACCCUUUCGGAAUUCGAGCGUUUGGAAGCUAUCUACUGUGACCUGCAUCAUCGCAUACACAACAAUAGCAGACCCCUUAAAUUGAUCUAUGAAGUCAAAGAGAAGGAAGUCGUUCUAGCCUGGGUAACAGCUGCCUCCGAGUUGUAUGCUGUUUUUGAACCUAUGGUCGAUAAAGGUUUGGUUAUAAAAUACGUUGACAAACUCAUAAAGUGGAUUGACAAGGAACAUGAAGUCUUGUUCAUACGUAACCAUCCGACAUUUUGAUUUUAAUCUAUUUAUGUCUUCGAUGGUGUGCGAGAGAAAAAAAUAUGGAAGCAAUGAAAACGAUAAUAAAUUGUGAUGAUGAUGAAAGAUUAUGCUCCCAACGUCCCAAUAUACUAAAAUAUAAUAUAAAUGUAUGUAAUAUUAUCUCUUAGGCAAUUUAAAUAAAUAACUUGUUAUUUUUUUACUUCACUGUGUAGCUGAAUAUAAUAAUAAUAAUAACGAUUUAUUAUUUGGGUAUUUAUUUAAUUUAAAUCGUAUAUUGAUUGAUUUAGUUGAAUAUUUGUACCUUUAAAUAAAGAUUCUUCUUCUUUUGUCGUUUUAUUGUAUUACGUUCUGAGUUAUGCUAUUACUAUUAUAAUUAUAUAUAUUUUUUUGUUUUAAGACUAAAAAAUUUAGUAAAAAUGGUUAACAAAAUGUUCCGAUAUCUUAUAAAAUUAUAUAAAUAAUAAAAAAGCAAUAACAUUUUGUA